ACUGUCAGAUUUGUUCACACUGGCAUUGGUGACACGUGUAAAAGUGUAAGGUCAGCACACCCUUAUCCAAUAAAUUGCAUGGUUUUAACCUCUGUUCUCUCUUAGGAAUGGAAAGUCAAACAUACUAGCACUCUCACACACACACACACACACACACACACACACACACACACACACACUUAGAUACACACACACACAGUAACAGGUAGAUUAUAUCGGACUGAUCUGUUGCUUUUCGAAGCAAUUUACUUAUCACACCAGCCUUUACUUUUCCAAGCUUGGGUCUCAGAUUAUAGUGUUGUGGUUUGGGUGUUCCUAUGGGAACUGUGGCCAGUGAGAGGCAGAACUCUCUCAGAGGCUUCUGGAGGUGUGCACGAGUGGUACUUGACUCCACCCACCCUGCGCCUGCUGUAUAAGUAGCCAGGAGCUCUUUUCAUGCGUUACUGAAACACCGGUCUGAGAGGAGAGAGCUACUGUAGCCGUGGAGAGCCUGUCUAAUGCAGCAAACUGUUCAGUCCUAUUGAUCUGCUAAUAAGAUCUUUAAGGUCGAUCUCAUGUGGGUGGUCGAAAAGAUCCGUGUGUCAGUGGAGAGCACCAAUCUGCUUCUUCCAGUAACGGAAUACACCUUCAGAAUCUGCGACAUGUUUGGAGAAAAAGCGCCCGCUGACAAGCUCAAGAAGUCCACGCUGUGUCCCAACAUCAUCACCCCAGACACCAUCCCUGAGUUCUGCAUCCCACCUAAAAUCUCAAGCUCCCUGGACCAAGGGAAGCCAAGCCCUUGCAUUAGGGUUUCAACGGAAAAGGGCAGCCCAAAGAAAGAGAUGCCCUUACGAGAGCCAAUCAGCACCCACAUCAUCCAAGUGGAGAGUGUGGACGAUGGGCCGUACGACAACGCCUGCAGCGAUGAAGAGAACACCAAUGCUGACCCCCAGAGCCAGGCCGCUCUCUCCCUGCCCCACCUGGCCAAAGCCCAGACCUGCUACGGCUUCUGCACGCUCCUAGAGAGUCCCCACACCAGACGCAAGGAGUCCCUCUUCCACAACGACCCAAGUUCAUGUGGGAUUCCUUUGGUUCUGCCCAGGAGCAGAUCCCAUACCUGCUCUCGAUCUUCUCCAUCUCCUCUUUCUCCAGCAUCCCCUUCACCCUCCUCCUUUAGCCUGAACACUUUAACCUCUAGACUCUCCCCCAGGAGCUUCACCCUGCACAGGCAAGGCACCUUAGACAGUGACACCACGUCUUCAACAGAAUCAUCCCCAUUCAGUUCACCCCUUCUGGCCAGAUCCCCACCCAAAUCGUCCCUUUUCAAAACACUCAGCCAUGAGAAACUGCUCUACCGCAAUAUCCGGAAGGCCACCGUCUCCAGGAACAACUCCCUAUCAACGGAUGAGGGCAGCUCCACAGAUAACAGCCCUAACGUCAUGAGGAGAUCAUCAGAUGCACUCAUAGAACCUCUCUCCUGCAGCUUUGGCCUGGCGCCUCCUGCAAUCUUCCCCAUGGACUUGGUCCUCCACAGGGAGCGGGUGAUGAAGGAGAGCUUGAUACCCGUAGGCAGGGAUGGAGCCCUGCGAGUGUCCGCAGAAUACUGCCCAGAGAACCAGAGGUUACGGGUCAGACUCAUCAGCGCUGAAGGCCUUUAUUCUCUCUCUGUGGACCCUAAGAGCAUUAACUGCAGCGUCAGCCUCUCUCUCAUGCCCGGAAAGGUCCAGAAACAACGCAGCACCGUCAUUAGGAAGAGCCGAAACCCCAUCUUUAAUGAGGACUUCUUCUUUGAUGGCAUAUCCGAGGAAGAUCUCAGCCAGUGGUCGCUGAGGUUUAAAGUAGUCAACAAAAUGUCCACAAUGAAGAGAGACUAUAUUCUGGGCAGUUCUGAUCUUCCUCUUACUAGCAUUGUCACCUUAUAAAAAAUGUAUACUCAAGCUUGCAGUCUUUAUUUAUUUGACCUGUCAAUGUUCAUUAUUUAUUUACAGUUUUAUAUGACGCCAAAGAUUUUGUUUCUAUUAAAAGAUGAAAAGCUAA